UCCCAUUCAUAAUUAUCACUAUGUUUCCUAAGAUGAAAAUGAAAAUGUGUUUUUCCUCAUCAAAAAAAUCCUCAUCAGAAAAACCAAAGGAUCCAGAAAAACCGAAGGAACCAGAAAAACCAAAGGAACCUAAUGCAGAGUCAAGGAUGAGAAGAGAACUUGAAAUAAAACAAGAAGGAGAAUAUUUUAAUAUGUCUCCAAUUCUUGUGAACUACAAACAAGUGGCAAAGAAUGACUUGUUUCGUUUCAUAGGAACAAUCAUUGGCCCUUCCGAUACUCCAUACGAGGGUGGAGUUUUCAAACUUUCUAUCAAAAUACCUCGCAAUUAUCCUUUCUCUCCGCCCAAAAUUACUUUCAUUACCAAGGUUUUUCAUCCGAACAUAUCUAAAAACGGGUUUAUCCAUGUUAAUAUUUUGCAUAAUGAUUGGACCCCGGGAAUCACUAUCGAGGUAUUGUUGUUAGCCAUAUGCUCGCUCCUUGAUGAUCCAAAUCCAGAAGACCCUGUUAACCCUAUUUGUAUUUUGUAUCGAGAAGACAUAAAAGCUUACCACAAGAAAGCUAGGGAAUGGACUAAAAAGUAUGCCAUGUCUUAUUAAUUAGACUUUUCGCUGAAUUUUCUAUGGAUCUAUGAGAUUGGGUAUCAAAUUUUGUGAUGUUAUUAUCCAGUGUUUUGCAAGACUUAUUGUUAUGAUGUUUUUAACAUCCUUAUUAUGAACUUUUUUUCCUUUUCAACUUUUAAAGAGAUUUUGUUGGGAACUAAUAUUUGUAUAGCUAUGUUAACAUAAAUAAUGCUAUAUGAGUAAAUUUUUCUAGCUUAUAUUAGUACUUACAUAUAUAAUACUA